GGGGCGAUGCUCUAACCGGAUGCCUGGGUCCUCGGAGCCACCUCUGUCUCUGCCCCCCUUGUUCCGGAUGGAAUCUGGCCGCUGACGGUGUGGGAGCACCCCUGCCGCACCUUCCGAGCACCGCUGGGGGGGGGGGCAGCCUUGCACCCCCUCCUCCCUGACACCCCCCCUUCCCCACCUGCCUGGAAUGCUGUAUGUGCCUUGCUCUGCCUCUCGCAGGACAGUGCCCCGUGGCAUUGGGGCGACCCACUGAAGCAGAGCAACUGCAGUGGUGACCGUCACCCUGGGACAGCAUGUCGGGCCCGGUACCCAGCCGAGCGAGAGUCUACACGGACGUCAACACCCAGAGGCCUUGCGAGUACUGGGACUACGAGUCCCACGUGGUGGAAUGGGGUAACCAAGACGACUACCAGCUCGUGCGGAAACUGGGUCGUGGCAAGUACAGCGAGGUCUUUGAAGCCAUCAAUAUCACGAACAAUGAGAAAGUGGUGGUGAAAAUCCUCAAGCCAGUCAAAAAGAAGAAAAUAAAGCGUGAAAUUAAGAUCCUGGAAAACCUCCGAGGGGGCCCGAACAUCAUCAACCUUCUAGACAUCGUCAAGGACCCUGUGGUAAGGACGGGGGGGGGGGGGGGGCCUUCCCGGCCCCCCCCCCACCCCCAUUGCAGAGGCUGA